GAUGAAUGGCUGGGUCAGUGUUUUGAGUGAUGGAGGGAGAGUUGCUGUCGGGUAUCUCUUCUUUAUCUUCAACACUGCCAUUUUUACCUUUUUGAAUCCUUCAAGACGUCAAUGUUACCUCCCUGAGGUUUGUUAGGUGAUAUCAACAAUGAAUAGUCGAGAUGAAAAUCCCCACAGAAAGAGAGUGAGUUUGUUGAGCAUCCUCAGCUCACUUGAAUCAGCAGAUGAAUUAUUUAGUACAUUAAGAAAUAUUCUGCUCCAAGCAGCAUCAGGGAAGAAACUUCCUUCUUGGUUUCCCGAUGGAAGUAGAGCAGUUUUACUGUGGACACAAAAGGUAACUGAUCUGGAACAUGUGCCAUCAGCAUGUUACUUGGUGCAGCUAUUGACCUCAUAUUCAACUACCAGUAGCAAUGAAGAGGUUAAUUUUGAUACAGUCAUUGAGGUUUAUCUUCAGAUGAUUAACUUUGCAGCAACAAAAAAGCCUCAGAAUGAGUCUUUCCAACACCAGUUAUGGCAUGCUCUAGCUGCAUUGUUUUUUAGCCUCCUUGAAUAUCAUCAAGAUAUUGUUUCAAGUCACUUUUGUGAUAUGGGCAGAAGUUUAAUGAAGCCCAGUUUAGAUUCAACUAAGCCAAUAAAUCUUAGGAGUAAAUGCCUAAAGGAGCUCAAUGAACUAAUGAAGCUGUUCCCAAAUGAAGCUCGUGAUACCUUCAGGAAGAACUGCAGUGAUCUUUUUGUCCAUCUGCCAAGUCUUCUGCAAGAAAUUGGUGACUAUGAUACUCAAGCCACCAUUGUGGAAACCAUUUACCGAAUGACCACAGCACAUGAAAGAAGCCGGUGCGUUAGCCGCUGGUUUCCAGAUCUGGAUUUUACUCUCCAGUCACUUUUUAUCAUGAUAACAGAAUUUGACCCUGAUUGCCGCCGUUUCUUAAAUGCAUUUAAUGCAAUUUUAGGACCAAAACGUAAAGUUUAUACCUUCUCUUGCAACUCCGCAUCAACUGGAAAAAUGAAAUUGCAUAAACCCCAAGAUCCUUCAUACCAGAAGUUUUGGAUUGACUUUAAUCUUGGAAACAAUACCAUUUUACUUUUGUGCCGAAAGCCAUAUAAUUCUGAAGCAGAUUCAUUUGUUGAGCUUCCAUGGGAAAGUUUGACACUUGAAGAGGAAGAUAUGAAGACUGUUACUUUAACACGCACCAUUCAUGUUUACUCACUUGAAAUUGUCAUGAAGAAAUUGGACACAGUAUUAGAUUUGUUUGUUUCACCACUAUCACAAGAAUCUCGAUGUCUUUUGUCAGAGACUUUUCUGUUGGAGUUUUCCCCCCUAGAAAUAUUGGAGAGACUUUGCACUCACAUGUUUGGUGAGAAAUUCAAAGUUGUUCUACUGGAACCAGAGGGAUGGGUUAAUAUUGCAGCAAGGAAUACCUCUGCUCAGAGUGGGGAACCUGCUCAAACCAGUAGUUCAAACAGAAAGUACAGAAAGAGCUCCAUGAAUGUUCUUCAUUGUAAGACUAGUAGCAGUAGCACAUCAGAUCGUCAGAGUGAGGUCUGUGUUGCAAAGAAGAGGAAGGUUGAACAAGUUGGUACCACAUUAACUACACAUCUGACCCCAUCACAAUCCUCAAGUGGUUAUGGUGCCAAGAAACAUCGCAAAUCUUCAGUUACAUAUUCUUCUGAGCCAAGUCAAACUAAGAAAGACAUUGCAUUGGAGGAAAAAUUAACACAGAAAUCUUCACUGAGAAAAUUCACCAAAACCUCAGAAUGUAGUUUAAACCUUGACUCAGAUGAUAUGACUUCAGACUGUGAAAUUAUAGCAAUUGAUGGUACGACAAGAUCUACUGGUGUCCAAAAGAAGCCUGCAGUGAAGAACAUUAAAUUAGCCUGUAAAGAUUUUUCUGAUAUUGGAAAACAAUUGGAAGAAAGCCCUAUGAUUAAUUGUACUACCCAGGAUGCUAUGCUACUCAACUUGGCAAUGGACUCAGUAGAGGGCCAAAUAGAAAGUGAGAGAAUUCAGCAAAAAUCAAAUGUAACAGUGAAGAAGAAAAGGAGCCUGUUUAAAUUCAAGAAACAAAAUCCUCAGAAGAUGAAGUUAUACCAUGUUCUUCUGCUCUGGAAGCUGUACACUGUUGAAGACAAAGAGGUUCAUAGAGAAGUUACUGAUAUACAGCAUAAGAAGACUAAAGCUAUUAAGAAAACCUCAGCCAUUAAGGAAAAUUUACAAGCUACUGAGAGUAGAAAUAUACAACCUACACUAGAGCCAUUAUCAGAACCUGAGAAAAAUGAAACUCCUCACAAGUGCAAAAAAGCUGCUAAUAAAACACCUGUCUCAUUGCAAAUUUUGCCUGAAGCAAAAGUCACAAAAGUGUACCCGUUGCGCAACCGCAUUAAGUCCCAGAAUUUAAAUACAGUUUCUCAGCAAUCUCCAAAACAUAGAAAUAUUUUUCAAAAAAACAUCAAAGCCUCUCCCAAAACUAGUGUGAGGAAGAAAAGAAGAACCCUAUGUAAAAACAGUGUUUCACCAAGUGCUGAGCAUCUGCCAUUGAAAGCACUAUCUCCUCUUGAAUUUGCUUAUCCUGCAUCUGGCUCUACCACUGCAGUUUCUACAACUUCAAGAAUAGACAAACUAACUACUUCACCUUCAAAAGGAAAACCUCAUUCUGAUGCCUCAAAGUACAUUUCUGAACUUAAUAUCUCCAGUAUAAAAAGUCCAAAGCUCACCUCUUUACAAGUUAAUGCACCUCAGUUUACGUCUCGGAAAGCUGAAGAUCUUAAGCUUGAUCGUGAGAUAACUGCAGUUACUCCCGAAACUGAAUCUUCAAAAACAAGUAUCACAUCAAAGAAUGAUACUUCAUGCUUUGCCACUCCAAAGGCUAGUCUUGCACAGCCUGCCACUCCAAGAGCAAGCCUUAUGCAGCCUGCCACUCCAAGGGCAAGCCUUGCAAAGCCUGCCACUCCAAGGGCUCUUCUUGCACAGCCUGCCACUCCAAGGGCUAGCCCUGUGCAACCUGCUACUCCCCAAGAUAAAACUGUUGAAUCUACCACAAGGGUUAGCAUGGUGCAACCUCCUACUCAAAAGAAUUACAUGAUUAAUUCUACUACCCCAAGGGUUAGCUACCUCCUGCAGCAGCCUGACACUCCAGGGGCUAAUCUUAUGCAGCCUCCUUUUCCAGAGACUAGCCUUUUGCAGCCUGCCACUCCAAGGGAUAGUCUUGUACAGCUUACCGCUCCAAAGGAUAGCCCUCUGCAGCCUGCCACUCCUAGAGAUAAAACUGUUCAGCCUACUACUACAAGGGCUAACAUGAAGCAGCCUACUACUACAAGGAAUUAUGUGGUUCAGACUACUACACCAUUGGUUAACGUCGUACCUCCCACUACUCCAAAGGCUAGCCCCAUGCAGUCCACUACACCAAGGGCUAGCACUCUGCCUCCAGCUACUCCAACUGUUAGCACUAUGCAGCCUAUUAUUCCAAGGACUAGCACUAUACAGUCUACUACUCCAAAGAAUAAUAGUACAAAGCCUGUUAUUUCACAUAGCAGUACCCAACCUUCUAACCACCUCUCCACUCCAACAGCAAAAUAUUUUCACUCUUCAACUUUUAAAGCUGGUGAUAUCCAAUUUUACACCCCAGUGCAGUACCCUCUGCAGUUUGCCACUCAAAAGACUGCAACUUCAGCUCCUGUAUCUCCAGUGACUAAAAUUUUGAUUCCUGUCACUCAUAAUGCUGACUCUGUGCUAUCUUUCUCUCAGAAAGCUGAACAAAUUCUCCCAACUACUCCAAAGAGAAUUUGUAAUCACCCAGCAACAGAUGCUCAGCAGCUUUUAUCUCCAGUGGGUGAAUCAUUGCAUUCUGAAACACUAAAGGCUGUUGAUGUGCAUCUUUUGUCCUCAAGAGUUAACACCCUACCAUAUACAUCUCCAAAGAUGUAUUUAGAAAGUGAUACAGGGCAGCAUGAUAUAAGGAAGCCCAAUUUUCCUAACCCUGAUAGCACAGGAUGUGAUAUUAAAAGGCCUGAUACUCCAUGGCCAGACACCAAAGGGUCUGAUACCCCAAGGCCUGACACUGUUUGGCAUGGUACUCAUUGGCCAAAAAUCCUUGAUCUUGAUGCUUCAUUGUCAAGUAAUAGUAAAAAGGAUUACUUGAUACCUAAAACAUUUGCUCCAACCAUUUAUAAGGAUCUUUCAUCUCUGCCUGCUGUCCCAUUUAUACCACUUUCACCAAAAGUUACUCCAUCCAGGGCUAACUCGCCAUGUUAUGACAGUCAUUCAAAAUCAUUUGUUCCUACCCCACCAGACUCAAUAAAUGUUAGUAUGCAAGGUUUUUCUCAGUGUAUUACUGAAGGUUCACAGCCGAGAAAUAAUGAUCAUAACCAGUCAGUUCAAAUUUCUUCAGAUUUCUAUGUUCCAGUAAAUUAUGAACAACUGGGAAAAGAAAUUAGGUAUCACAUAUUAAGCAGCAGAAUUGCAUUAUCAGAUGAAAUUAUUCUUUUAAGCACUUUAAAUCAAGAAAAUCUUUCAGAGUUAGUUGAAUUAGAUAUUUCAAAGAAUGAGAGUGCUGGAAUGCUGCCUGUUGUUAAGCUUAAUGCUGCACAUUUAUCUGGUGUUGAUGGAAAAAAAAAGAGUCCAAGCAAGGCUUUGAUGUCUACAUUAAUGAUUUUAGCAGAUUAUCCUGUUAAGUCUUCAAGCUUAAAAACUCCUACUAAUGAACCAAACAAUUCUGAUGCCAAAAUCUCGGGUAAAGAACCUGCAAAGACUAAGGUAAAAACUCAAAAAGAGGAGAAGCGAUCAAAAUCCUAUCCACCAUUGCAAAAUAGAAGCAGGAGUCUUACGCCAACUUUAAGUAAUUCAUAUGAUAUGGGGGUAAGGCAUUGGAAGAGUAAGAAAAAGCUUUUUGAUACCAGUGCUGUGACAAUGUUGGAAGCUAGUCCCCCAGAUGAUACUGUAUAUGAUCAUUACACUUUUGCAGACGAUGAUUUUUCUGAUUCUCCUCCAAAAUCCUCGGUUCAAACCAUAAGGGAUGUCACUGAUUCCAAUAAGAAAAAUGAAACCUUGGAUAAAAGUAGUCAGAAUGCUGAAAGAAGUAACUUAUCUGGUUCUAAGGUAAGUUCAAGGAAGUAUUUUACCAAGCCUAGGAAAUCCUCAGCUUCCUUUAACUUCAAUAAAAAUGAUAAAAGAUCUUCAAAAAAAAAUAAGAGUACUAAAGGAACCAGAAGCAAAAUCAGUUUAGGAUCUCAAAAUCUGAAUAAAAUGGAUACUUCAUUGAAGUCGUCUGUGUGUGGUUUCUUUGAAUAUCCUGAGACUGAGGAAGUAAAACAAUGUACUCAUAGUAUAUACUCAGAUUUAGAUAGUUCUGGGAAAGAAACUCAAUUCAGUUGGCUAUACAGCAAAAAAUCUAGAAAGUUUGAAGGCUCUACAUACUCUAACAGAACAAAAUCUCACUUAGAGUCACACAAUCAAGAAGAAGGCAGUGAUGAUUGGCAGCCAUUUAAGAAGAAAAGAAAAAGAAAAGUAAGCAAGGAGCCUGUUAAUACAAGGAGGGAGGCAAAUAUUAAGAACCAAACAAAACGGGAACCAAGAUCCAGAAAAUGUAGAAAAACUCUAUCUUAUGUCGAGAGAAGCACUGAUACUGAUCAUGAUGCAUUAAACAUAGGUGAACCAAAUAAUGAGCAGCCAAUCAGUGAAGAAGAUUCUUUUAUACAGAAUAAAUCUCCAGAUAUUCUACGCCACACUAGUAAGAGCUCAGUCGAGUCAAACCCUCCCAGCAUUAGGGAAUUCAGCCUCAUUCCAUCUAAAAGAAAAAAUAUGGAAGAUAAGUAUGUGAGGGCAAGAGCUGACAUUGAUGAAAGUUUUGGAUUUUCCUCCCCAGAAGUAAAAGAGCCAUGUACAAGGCUAAUCAGGAAUUCAGUUGAAGAUAUGGAAAUAAAGACUAUGGUUAAAAACAUUCUUCCUGAACAGAAGAAAAUUUCCAGCAAGCUGAGACCUGUUGAAAAAGUUGAUAUAGCAUACAAUACCCAUGUUGUACCUGGCCCUCCAAAUAACACUCCAGAAUCGGUGAAAGAUUUCUCAACAGAGGCAUUUGAUGCUGGAGAGAUCAGUGAAAUUUUAAAAGAUAAACAGCAUAAUCAAAACAUCCCAUCUGGACCCCUUCAGAGUACCAUGAUAGAUGAAGUAUAUCAAGAUACAGUAUCUACUGGAAGAUUUAGUUAUGUAUCAGAAGCACACACAUCCUAUGUUGAUAAUCAUGUAGGUAGCAAUUACCAGAACACCAGUGGUAUAGAGUCACAAAAUUUUAGCAUAAAUGACCCUAAGGAAAAGUUCAGUUCACCAAUCCUUAAAACUGGCAUCAGCUCUCGACUUAAUUUUGAUGACUCAGCAGGGGAAGACGAUAUUCAAGAGCCAUUUGACAUGAUGCCAAAGCAUUCUUGUAUGUCAUUACAUGAUGAAAAAUCAAGUUCAGAGGAGGGCAUAUUACAGAAUAAAAAUAAAGAAUAUGAAGAUAAUGCAUGCCUUUCAAAAUCAUUAUUAAAUGAAAAUCCAGUGACAUCAUCAGCUACUGCAGAACCUCUGAUACCUGAAGUGAUGUAUGCCUCUCAGGAUAUGUUUUCCCAAGAUAAAUUGAUUAGUCCACCUAUGCCAUCACUUCAGAACUAUAGCAAACAGUCCCAGGAUGGUGAUACCACCUCAACCCAAACUUCUACUGUCUUAAACAGCCUUCUAAACAAGUUGACUAAUAGGAUGUUUAGUGAAACACCAUGCAGAACAAAUAAAAUUCUGACACCAAGUCGCCCAGCACCUCGAACGCUCUUUGACACAUCUAAGGGAAAUCAAGGAAGGUACAAGGAGAGAGCUGAACAGGCAGAAGAAACAUCCCAGUCAGAUCAGAAGGAUUAUGCUGAUUCUUUGCAGUAUUUAAAGACUUCUUUGGAAGGAGUUGCUGAUGGACUGUAUAGGUUGUCUGCUGCAAUUGGAAAAAUAAUGAAGAUACACAGUCUGGAUGCCCUUAACCUAGAAAGCUGAAUUUAUCAUUAUAUAUUUUAUAUAGAGCUUUACUAGAACAAUAACUAAGGGAAGUCAUAUCAGAAAGUUUAUUGUAUGGCAGAUAUUCUUUUUUUAUUUCAACUAAAGCAUUCCUUAUUGCUCAGGAAUUAAUUUUUGCUGACUAAAAACAGUGGUAUAAUUCACCGCUGAACUUUUUAGCCAUUUGUGUUGUACCUGUUGUAGAAAGUGAAAAAACUGGGAAAAUAUUUAUGUUUUGUUUUAGUUUCUUUAUAGACCUUUAGAAAGAUUUAGGUUCCAGAAUAUCUUUAGAUGAAAUAUAUAUUCAUAAACUGGAGACUUUGAAAUUUGUUGGUAUAUAUUUGACAUUGCUAUAAUGUAGGAGCAAAUUACUGAAUACAUAAUUGCUCUUUAUUAACUUAUGAAUCCAAUACUAUGUUUUUGACAACCCAUCAUCUUGAGGAACAGUUGGAAUUCCAGCUGUUUAUAAACAGUGUUCUCACAUAGAAUUUUUUUAGCACAUUCCCCUGUUUGCAUUAUUUAUGGUUAAGUUAGAUUAUAAUAUACUAGCAAGGGCAAUAAAUACAGUUGCAAUGAAUGCAAAACAAAAAUACGGUGGACCAAGGAUCCACCGUAUUUUUGUUUCUGUCUUUUUCUUUUUCUUUGUUUUGCAGUUUCAUUUAAUGACUUUGUAUGCUAUAAUUGGUUUAUUUUGAGUGCAAAACAGCUGUCUAACCUAACUGCACCUAACCUAACCAAAGCUAAAAAUGAAAUUUGUUUUUAGAUGAAAUGGCUGAAAAUUCCUUGUAACAAAUCUGACUGUUUAUCAACAGUCUAAAUUACAACUGUUGCUUAGGAGGAUGGUCUGGUUUUUGAAUAAUUACUUUUAGUCUCAUAUCCUAAGAUACUUUAUUAUAGACUAUUUCAUGUAUCUUUAUUAAACUUCAAUUUAUAUGUGGAAAAAACAGAAUUGCUGUUGCUUGUUUUCUUUGUUUUCUACAUGUUUGUUUGCCAGAAGCAUAAAAGUUUGGCAACUUAUUGGUUCAUUUAACAUUUUAUAUAAUGGAGUUAUAAAUUGAUUUAUGUUGUCUGUUAUAAAAGGAGCUCUGAGGUGUAUUUGUUCAAAAGUACUAAUAGUUUAUAUACAUGUAUAAAAAUAAUAUAGGUAUAAUGUAUUUUUCAGGUUUCAGAAUAUAAAAUUGUUUAAAAUAUUUUUAUGUAAUUCAA